AUGCUCACCUCCAAGUUUCUCAUUCUUGCCUUCGCCCUCUUCAUGGGGUCCACUGCACCCUCAGUUGAUGGAGCUCACCUGUACGCCGGACGUGAGCUCACGAGCAGGGCCGAAGUGACUGCCCGGGCCGAGCUUAGCAGCAGGGCCGAAGUGACUGCUCGGGGCGAGCUGACCAUGAGGGGCGAGUUGAGCACUAGAGGCGCCCCUGCCGUCCCCACUCCUGCCUACCACGUCCGCGAUCUGAGCAGCAGGGGCGAGCUCAGCUCUCGAGCCGUGACGGCUCGUGAUCUCAGCACCCGUGGAUCUCCUCAGGCCGCCGCUACGCCCGCCUUUCAAGCUCGCGAGCUGACCAGUCGCGGUGAGCUCAGCAGUCGAGGAGCACCUAUGGCUGCCGCUACGCCUCUCGUCGCUGAAGCCCGCUCCGAAGACGAAGAGGUGCGCGCUGAAGCAAUGCCCAUCACUCUGCCCCGCUUCGACGUCGGUCACGGUGAUGGCUCCGAGAACGUCGAGAAGCGAGACAAUCUCGACGCCGAUGCCGCCUUGUUUGCGCCUACGGCUCGCGUCAGGGUCGGCAACAGGGAGCAUGUCAUGUUGAUCGUACCCAGCUAUCCUCAGACCGUCUUCACCCCUGAAGCUCGCUACGCAGGCGGCCGCCCCACCAAGUUCAAGGACACUGUCAAGCAGCAAGACGGCUCCGUUGUGACCGACACCAUCUUUCUCGACUCGGUCAGCCUUGGCGGCGCCACGGCCAACAACGUGGCCGUCGGUUCCUCCUCCGCGCCCGUCCCUUCGCUCAACGGUGGAAGCAUCGCUCAGUUCGGCGCCGAUGGGGUAGUGGGCUUCACGGCCGACUCCAAUCCGGCAGGAUACAGCACCAGGGUCAACAAGGUCUUGAAAGGCUUUGCAGGCUCCCUCCCCAGUGGCAGACAGGUCAUGACUGUCCGCCUCGCUCCUGGUCUCAGCUCGGGUGGGUUCGUCACGAUCGGUCGCAAGCCGGCUGGCUUCAAGAUCAGGACGGCGUACAGUGAUCAAUGGGCUGCUGCGGGCGUCAAGCUGAACGGGAUGGCCAUCCCUAUCGCCACCGUCGACACGGGUAGCCCCUUUGUGUACGUGCCGCUCAAGGUCGCCGAGCAAUUCUUCCAGCAAGCCAACCUCAAGACACGUACCGUGCCUUGGCGGGGCAGCAACGUGCUCGAGGCAGAAGUAGACUGUGCUCGUGGCUUUCCCAUGGAGAUCAGCUUCGGGGGAGGGGUGGUCAAGGUGCCGGGCACUAGUGGCGUAUUCAAGGACAGCAAGACGGGAAGGUGCACCGCUGCGCUUAGGGGUAGCCCGGAGGGGGAGUCUAUCCUUGGCUGGCCUCUCUUCAGGGCUGCGAGCGUUUCAUACGAUGCAGAGACGCUUGAGAUUGGCGUCGAAGCGUGA